UUGUUAUAAAGUCAUUAAUUUAUUUGUAUUUAACAACAAAACUUGAAACUUAAAUUGAAAAUUAUUAAAUAAAUAACUCAUAACCUUAUAAUAACGUUUUGAAGUAAUUCAUAUUCCAUUAAUUUGUUAUGUCUUGGUCAAAUGGAUUAGUCAAGGAAAUCUUAAAACCUGAAAAUUUGAUAAUUUCAUCAGAAAUCGCAGUUGUUAUAGCAGACAAGUAUCCGAAGGCGAAGCAUCAUUAUCUAGUCUUGCCAUUAGCCGAUAUCCCCAGUAUCUUUCACUUGAACCGGAGCCAUCUACCGCUCUUGGAGGAGCUUUAUCUUUUGGCCAGAAACAUUGUGGAGGUGAAAGGAGCCUGCUGGGAAAACUUCAAGGUUGGUUUCCAUGCGGAACCCAGCAUGCAAAGGCUUCACUUGCAUGUUAUCUCCAGGGAUUUUGUAUCAUCAAGUCUGAAGACCAAGAAACAUUGGAAUUCCUUCAACACCGAGCUUUUUGUACCAUACCAAAAAUUGUGCUCACAGCUGGAAAAGGAAAAUAGCAUAACUCGACUGCAGAAAUCGGUGAAAGACGAACUGCUGACCAAGCCCUUAAUUUGUAAUCAGUGUGAAUUUUUAGCUAAAAAUUUGCCAACACUCAAGGAGCAUCUGGUGAAGCACCUCGCCGAUUCUGAUUCCAAGCGAACCACUAAAGCUUUGUAGAGAACCAGUUCCUCCCGAUAGCUGACAAUCUGGAUCCAACACUGUAGGCUAACUUUUGACAGCUAAAUGGAUGAUAAAGGAAAAAUGGAGUUCGAUGAAAAGAAAUAUUUUCGGAAUGAACUACAGCGCAAGCUAAAUGACAAGAGGAACUUCCUCAUCGAAAGUGAUCGUGCUGUGGUCAUCAAAGCUGACUUUCCGAAAUCGCAAUUUCAUUUUCGGGUGGUGGCUAAGGAGGACUUGAGAGACAUAACUCAGCUAAGUGAAGAUCAUCUUCCAUUGUUGGACCACAUGAUGGAGUUGGCUAACCAAAUUAUCGAUAAGCAGGAGCACCUGGAGUCGCGUAACUUUCGCAUUGGUUUCAAAGUCCACGCUUUUUGGAACCGCCUUAAUUUGCAUGUGAUUUCUGAUGACUUCUAUUCUAUGGCCAUGAAACGUCCACGUCACUGGAAUAGCUUUAAUACGGAACUGUUUAUGCCCUUUCAAAUCGUUCACACGAUGCUCAGUUUACAGGGCUCCAUUGAACCCAUUUCGGAAGAGAGAUACAAGGAGCUGCAAUUUCAGAAGCCGUUUCACUGCAAUCAGUGCGAUUUUGUCACUAAUCUACUACUGGACCUGAAGGCCCAUCUAUAUCACCACUGGCAUCUCAAUGAAGGCGAGCGUGAGCAGAAGAAAAAACUAGAAAAAAUAAUACAAAUGAUUGAUGAGACCAAGCUGGAUCCUGCCGCUGUAAAACCAAUAGAAUUGUCUACUCAAACUGAAGCAGUAGCUGGCAGUACCCAGAUCUCUAAUCAAAACUCAAAGAAUCCCUUGCCAAAGCCAUACCAACAGCAGGGACAGCAGCAGGCCAAUAAUGGUUAUACCGGCUAUAUGAACGGACCUCCGGUCAACAUGAUGAAUCUGCAGAAUCCGAACAAUCCUUUCCGAAAUACCCCUCCCCUCAAAAUCCAAUCGUUGAAUCCGCCGCAACCCAAUGCGUUUAAUUAUCGGCCAACUAGCUAUCAGCCACGUGGACCUAUACCACAUCAAGGACGUUGGGCUUCCCCCAUGAAUGGUCCACGCUUUCGACCCAAUCAGUUUCAGAACAACUUUAGACAUCCGGAAUAUAAUAGGAAUCGGGCACAGCAUCCAAUAAAUCAACAGGGUGCCUUACAAUACCCAAUUCAGUCAUUUGCUGGUAUAGGAGCUGGACCAAGUAAGCCCCUUGGUCUAGAAACAACACCGAGAGGGAUGCCAUCUAUUAACCAACCGAAUCCGAAUCGUAAUUAUCAGCAGAAGCCCUUUAAACAAGAACAGAAUUUAAAGAAAUCUCAGCAGCCAAAUCGAAAUCAGAAUCCGAAUCAAAAUACCGAUAAUCGAAAUACCCAGAAUCCGAAUCCGAUAAAUCGGCCGAGUAAUAAUCAACAAAAAAAACGAAGUAACAAAAAACCAGCAAACAAAAAUAAUCAACCCCCUGGUGGCAAUCUUCAAAAUCAAGUGGCUCAGACUCCACCUCCAGCUGCUAACAAUUCCAAGCCAGCUAACGCCUCCUAGAAAUGUUGAGGCAGGAUAAAUUAUUCUAUUUAAAAAUAUUAAAUAUUUAAAUGGAUUUACCAUUACCAAAUAUAUUAAAAUGGUAAAUAUUUAGGCUUUUACCAAAUUGGCAUCAUCGAUCAUUCUUUCACAGCUUUUCACAUAUUUUAUGACUGUUAAUAUCGCGGAAUUAUAUAUUCAAAUAUAUCCCAAAUUAUUUUUGUAAAAGAAAUAAGAAAAAGAUCUAGAAUAGAAAUAAAUAUAAUUAAAUAUGGAACAUGCAAUAAUCCAUAUAAAAUUGUAAUUGCAUUUUAAACUACGAAAAUUAUGUUAUAUUUUGAUUUUAUCAAACAAAUUGGACUGAAUUCAGAAGUUUAAGAAAGCCGAAUUGAUAAAUAAUAAACAAUAUCGAAAUUAUUAAAUAUUUUACAAAGGUUUAAUAAAUUAAAUAAGCAUGAAAUAAAAAUUUAGAUUCAUCUCAUGGGGUUGAAAAAUAGGUUUUUGCACACCAGA